AUGGCGUCGUCUUCUCCCAUUCGUGAAUCCGUCUCAGUCACACCGUCCAUCAGCUCGACACAAGCAAAACCAAAAGUAUGGAGCAUUUCGGUUUUUGUCACCGUGAUCACCAUCGCACUCAGCGGUGCCACCUAUGGCCUCGAAAACUCUCUCAUGAGCCCAUUGGCGGCGAUGCCAGAGUUUGUGAAAAAGUACCAAGGCCUCAACCGUGAAACACGCAACUACACCUUCACUGCCAGGCACCAGUCGAUGAUUUUUUCGAUUCCGCUCACCGGCACCAUCGCUGGCGCGCUCGUCUCACCGUACUUGCAAAACAGGCUCGGUCGCAAAUGGUCGCUGUGCGCCGCAUACAUGUUUAGUAUUCCAUCGACGCAGCUGCAGUUGUGGGCUCCGAAUCUCGCCGCGUUCAUCCUGGGUCGUGUGAUGAACGGACUCGCUUACGGAUGCGCGCUCUCGAUCGGGCCGCUCUACCUUGCCGAUGUGGUACCUACCAGCAUCCGCGGUGGUGCGGUGGCCAGCUCCAACUUGCUCACCAUUCUUGCCAAUCUCAUGGCAGCCAUUUGCUGUUGGGCCACCGAGGGCCAUUAUUCUGGUGCACGCAAGUACAAGAUUCCUCUCGCGGUACAGGCGGGUCUCCCUUUCCUUCUUUUGCUGCCCACGCCUUUCCUCCCCGAAUCGCCAGUAUGGUGUGUGCAGAAGGGCCGCAUCGGCGAAGCGCGUAUGGCACUUCAGCGUGUCCGACCGGUAUCGGAUAGAGAGAUCGAAGACGAGCUUCAAGAGAUUGUGCGUGCAGAGCAGGAACGUAGAACCCUGGCCAAGGACACCAAGUUUACCGAUAUUUUCAGCCGCAAGCAUCUCUUGCGCACCGUUGUAGCUGGCUCCUUCUUUUCGCUCAACCAGAUCAGCGGCAUUAUUCUAAGCACGACGUAUGCAACGGUCUUCCUCACGCAGCUCGGUCUUGGAGAUCCUUUCGUUCUUACGGUUUACGCGUACAUCUGCCAGGUUGUGGGCGCUGCUCUCGCCAUCGUGGCUCUUGAAAAGGUGGGACGACGCUCGCUGGCGCUCCCUGGAUUUGUGAUUCUCACCAUCAUUGACUUUGCGGCGGGCGUGCUCGCAUUCUACACCAGCAAUCCGAACGUAGCGAAGGCGAUUUCAGCUCUGGCUAUGGUGUUCAAUUUUGUCUGGACGCUGUGCUUCUACUCAAUCUCGUUGCUCAUGCCCUCGGAAUUGCCGACACAGCGGCUGCGCAACUAUACCAUGUCGUAUGCCAUCGGAUGGGGACAAGCGACGGCGGUGGUAACGACACUUGUCCUUCCACAGAUCACGGCCACCGAUGCUGGCAAUCUGGCAGCCAAGGCGUACCUGAUUUUUGGCGGUUGCAUGCUUGUCAUCACCAUCCUCGCCUUUUUCCUACUACCAGAGACGCGUGGAAGGACUUUCUUCGAGAUCGAUCAGCUCUACUCCAAUCGUGUCCCGGCUUGGCGGUGGUCAAAGUUCGAGCUAGGCCGCACUUCGGGCUCAUUCCCUUCGGAGCACGGAUCGUAUUUCGAGAGCGACUCACGCGCUGUUGGACUCAUCAGCGUCGACAAAAAGAGCGGCUAUCACAUCUCACCUGAAACUCUGCAGCCGAGUCCACAAUGA